AUGGCAGACCACACUGGAGACGAACAGUUUCAUUGUGAACUUUGUGGACAAAGGUUUAGUCAGAAAGCAAAUUUAAACAGACAUAUGAGAGUCCACACAGGAGACAAGCCGUUUCCUUGUGAACUUUGUGAACAAAGAUUUAGUCAGAAGACGAGUUUAAGCUCACACAUGAGAGUCCACACAGGAGAAAAACCAUUUCCUUGUGAACUUUGUGGACAUAAAUUGAGUCAUAAGUCUAGUUUAAACAGCCACAUGAGAGUCCACACAGGAGAAAAACCAUUUCCUUGUGAAUGUUGUGGACAAAGAUUUAGUCAUAAGUCAAGUUUAAGCAAACACAUGAGAGUCCACACAGGAGAAAAACCGUUUCCUUGUGAACGUUGUGGACAAAGAUUUAGUCAUAAGUCAACUUUAAGCAAACACCUGAGAAUCCACACAGGAGACAAACCGUUUCCUUGUGAUCUUUGUGGACAAAGGUUUAGUCAAAAGAUACAUUUAAACAGACACAUGAAAGUCCACACAGGAGACAAACCGUUUCCCUGUGAACUUUGUGGACAAAGAUUUAGUCAGAAGACGAGUCUAAACGCACACCUGAGAAUCCACACAGGAGACAAACCGUUUCCUUGUGAACUUUGUGGACAAAGAUUUAGUCAGAAGACAGGUUUAAACUCACACCUGAGAGUCCACACAGGAGACAAACGGUUUCCUUGUGAUCUUUGUGGACAAAGGUUUAGUCAAAAGAUACAUUUAAACAGCCACAUGAGAGUCCACACAGGAGAAAAACCAUUUCCUUGUGAACGUUGUGGACAAAGAUUUAGUCAGAAGGCAAAUUUAAACAGACAUAUGGGAGUCCACACAGGAGACAAGCCGUUUCCUUGUGAACUUUGUGAACAAAAAUUUAGUCAUAAGUCAAGUUUAAACAGCCACAUGAGAGUCCACACAGGAGAAAAACCGUUUCCUUGUGAACAUUGUGGACAAAGAUUU